CCCCGCCCCUUACUGUGCGCACUGGGCCUAGUUGCGGCUGCCGGCCGAAGCUCUUCGGCGGUUCUCCCGGGCCCCAGCCCCAGCAACCUCUCUCCUUCCGGAGCGAGAAAGCAACCCUUUUCUGUUCCGUCCCUUCCCCGCGAGCCCCAGGGCGCUUGGGACGCGCGACCCUCUCUCGGAAGAGGGCAGGGAAGGGGCGCGAGUUGGGGGCGGGGAGGGGAGCAUUUGCAGAAAGGACGCAGCUGCUGAUCGGUAGCUGGAGUCCGCUACGGAUAAAGGUUCGCUGAUGGCUCAGUUGGGAGCAGUUGUGGCUGUGGCUUCCAGUUUCUUUUGUGCAUCUCUCUUCUCAGCCGUGCACAAGAUAGAAGAGGGACAUAUUGGGGUGUAUUACAGGGGCGGAGCCCUCCUGACUUCCACCAGCGGCCCAGGUUUCCAUCUCAUGCUUCCUUUCAUCACAUCAUAUAAGUCUGUGCAGACCACACUGCAGACAGAUGAGGUGAAGAACGUGCCUUGCGGGACUAGUGGUGGUGUGAUGAUCUACUUUGACCGAAUUGAAGUGGUGAACUUCCUGGUCCCAAAUGCAGUGUAUGACAUCGUGAAGAACUACACUGCCGACUAUGACAAGGCCCUCAUCUUCAACAAGAUCCAUCACGAGCUGAACCAGUUCUGCAGUGUGCAUACACUUCAGGAGGUCUACAUCGAGCUCUUUGAUCAGAUUGAUGAAAACCUCAAGCUGGCUUUACAACAGGACCUGACCUCCAUGGCCCCCGGGCUUGUCAUCCAAGCUGUGCGGGUGACCAAGCCCAAUAUACCUGAGGCGAUCCGCAGAAACUACGAGUUGAUGGAAAGCGAGAAGACGAAGCUUCUCAUUGCAGCCCAGAAACAGAAGGUGGUGGAGAAGGAAGCUGAGACGGAGCGGAAGAAGGCCCUCAUCGAGGCAGAAAAAGUGGCUCAGGUCGCAGAAAUCACCUAUGGGCAGAAGGUGAUGGAGAAGGAGACGGAGAAGAAGAUUUCAGAAAUUGAAGAUGCUGCGUUUCUGGCCCGGGAGAAGGCAAAGGCUGAUGCAGAGUGCUACACCGCUAUGAAGCUCGCCGAAGCCAACAAGCUGAAGCUGACGCCUGAGUAUCUGCAGCUGAUGAAGUACAAAGCCAUUGCUUCCAACAGCAAGAUUUACUUUGGCAAAGACAUCCCGAACAUGUUCGUGGACUCUGCAGGCAAUCUGGGCAAGCAGUUCGAGGGGCUAGCUGACAAGCUGAGUUUCGAUGAUGAGCCCUUGGACGUAGACCCUGAGGAGAAUUGAAAGUUUUUUGUAUACAACCUCGGAUGACACUUAGGAGAGAUCUUUAUUUUUGAAUGAUGAACCGGGAUGCUCCUCCCUCCCACACUACCUGCUUUGACUCUCUUACACAUUAUGUGGUGAAAAAAGAAGAAAUGGAUUUAAAUCUAUUCCCCUUCCUGGGAAGGGAGGGCAGGGAUUGCUGAUUUGGGGUCUUAUUCAGGUAAGCAGUUUAGAUGACUUCUGUUAAGAUGGGCAAACCAUGGGUUUGACCUUUGACCUCCAGACACUAAUUUUAGCCCUUUGAAGCUGGCUUAAGUAGGGAUUCAAUCAUUACAGAGUGGGAGAAAUAGAGGGUGUUGCCUCCAGGUGAUUUGCUUUCCCCGAUUUGGGAAAAUGCGGUUCAAUUUUCUCCCCUCUGCCUCCAAGGCGGGAGAUGCCUGUGGGUGAGGCUCAGCAACUGAGCAACUGUGUGCUUGUGAGUCUGCCUGCAGAGCUGCGGGGGAACAGCUGCAGAGAACGUUUGGCUUUGCUGGUAUUUUUGUCGGCAUAUGUGAGUCAUUUUAGAGGCACACUUUCUCGAGCCCUCACAAGGAAGGACUGGUGCUAGGUUUUGCAAGCUCUUCUCUCCUACCCUCUUUGCCCCAGGGCUUAAAGAGAAUUGGUUUCUGACUAAAUUCCAGAGUCAGGGUUUGGGCACCACCCCACAAUUCUUUUUAAAACUUUUCACCUGUUCUGUGAUUUGGUUUUUUUUUUUUUUUCCUCUCUCAAAUCUGUUCGUUGAUACCACUCAGCAUUAGGAAGAUAAGAACAAACAACCCUAGUGUUUUACUAGCUGCUGAAGGGGGAUCAUUCCGUCUCUCAGCCACCAUGGUACCUGCUUGGCAAACAACGUAUGUUCUCACUGUGGAGGUUCUGUGUUGAAGAGCUCUUCCAGGCGCUGAGGUCACCUGAAGUAUCUCCUAGUCUUAAGCUUAUAGCUUGUGCUGGCAGUCUGACAGUGAUAAAAAGGGAGCCCACUAAGUAGCACAUGUUUUGAAAUCUAGGGCGCCGACAGCCACACGGGGGUCAGACUGAAUGCUCCAUCUCCGGAGACAGCUGUGGGGUCCAUGUCAAGAGUUCGUGCCCAGGUCCCUGGGUUGGAAGGGCUGCAUCAAAAUGUUCAAAUGUUUUGGGUUUGGGUUUUUUGGGUUGGUUUUUUUUUUUCCAUUUCUAAUUAGGAAAAUUUUGUGUCAUUCUGGGAGAUUUGGGAUGGAGGAGAACAAACAUGAAAGAUUUUCUUAUAUCCUGAAAUUGGAGUUGGGGGGGUGGUAUCCAGCUUAUGUAGGCCAUGAGUUGUGUACCAAAUUGUUAGCUUAUCUCCAUCUAACUUGCAGGCAUGUCGGUAUUCUCCAUGACAAACUCUGGCUUAGGAUCUGCUUUGUUCUUAGCUGCCCUCCCCACCACCACCACCAAAGAAACUACCACUGUACCCCUUUUCCCUCAGUGAUACUAUGAAUGAUACUUCCUGGCACAGAUCCCCACCUCAUUUUUGGUCCCAUGCCCAGACUUCUGCUUUAUUGAAUGGCCCAGAAUUUGGGCCAGCUUGCUCCCAAGUAGCACCAGGCUUGUCUUGAGAGUUUGGGGAGCAUUCAGCGCGCUUAGGUAGAAACAACAUGUUAACUCCUCUUAAUUCAAAUGUUGCCCUUCCCUGUUCUAAUUUCUGGGACUUAGAAUUCUCAAACCACUGGUCCUGGUCACACUUUGUGCAAGCAGCCAACCGUUCGUGGGAAUGAUGGAUUUUAAUGUGCUCAGAAGUGCUUGCAAAAGACAGUCUCCCAAGGCCAACAUAGGGUAUCCAUUAUUAAGAUAUACUUACCCUCCUCCCAUUUCAGUGCCAUUAAUCACUUGUUAGGAGCAACAUGACACAUGACCUCCAGCUUCCCCAAUUUACAUAUUUGUCUGCUCCCUCUACUCUGAGAUUUGCUGACUAGGCCUCAGAAAACACUACUUCAAUAGAAUAAAAAGCAAGAAUAUCUUCACCUCUGAAUAGCACGUUUGCUCAGGUUCCUCACUUGAAAGCCCAAUACUAACAUCCUGUGACAGCUUGUCCCUUGCACUAGAUACACUUUAACCACAAAAGAGCCUCAAUAAAGUAAAAUCCUGCUGCCCCUGCCUCCCUCAAUGCUAAUGUUGCUUCCUCUUUGAACAAAAAAUAUCAAUGUCAUAGUGCCCCUCAGUUUAAAUUCAGUGGUUGUCUGCACCUGCCUGAAGAGUAAAAUCAUGGAAGUCAGCAGUUUCCUCAGCAUGGGACCACUAACCAAUCUGUGUGACUCUGUGUCUUCAACACUCACUAGAAAAUCUUAUCUUAAAACAUUUGAAUUCUAAAUGUGUAAAAUGUGACAGCCUACACUUUUGUAGGCAGUUAAGUCAUGGCUGCUAUUUGUAAAUGGAACUUCUAUCAAAAUAAGUAACCGUUUAUAAAAUUCAGUUUUUUGUAGGAUUUUUCCAAGGAAAAGUCACCUUGGUUGAAUGUUUCUCAUUAAACUUUACAGAAGUGGUUCAUAUUCAGUACUGUUUUUAAUCACUUUUUUAAAUAUAAGGACAAUAUUUGCAAGGAAGCCGAAGUUUAAUAAUUUUUAUAACACUAAUAUAAAAUAAAUUUGAAGGGAUCUGUGGUCAUAUUAACUUGAAGGAGGAAAAAAAGAUAAUUGAAAGAAUUUUGGCAAUAUAUUGAUCAAAAAAAAGUUGUUUUCUAAAUGAUCUGUUGUGAUUUCUAUGGGUCUAUGUAUCUUUCUGCACUGAUGACUUUGCCAUUUACAGAGUAAGUAGUGAAAGUAAGAUCGUCGUCUUUACUGACUUAUCAAUUUAAGUUUGAUUGAAGGUAAACCUCAGUCCUCAGUUGAGAAUAAACCUGUGUAUUGGCUAGUGA